CAUUACAAGCGUUUGUACGCAUCAAGCUGUCGCAGCGAUACAACACUUUUUGUACCCACUGUUUCUUUAGUAAUUGCCGCAGUUGUAGUAAGGUCGGCCUCGCUUUGUUGUAAACUUAAAACAAUGGCACUACGCGCAUUCACACCGGCGCCUUUUAAGGCUGGACUCGUCAAGACUCGCUGCCAACGAGGAGCGCGUGUCCUCGUCGUGCGCGUGGAUGCUAGCGGCCAUCAGCCACAGACGCAGCUUACCAACCCAAUCGUGCUGCCGUCCGGAGCAGCAACCAAACCUAUGUCACUUAGAGAGGCAAUGGCGUUCACGGGUCCGGCUCCGGAGCUGAUUAACGGCAGACUCGCCAUGCUGGGGGUCGUUGGCGCCGUGGCAGCAGAGCUCGCAAGCGGCAAGAGCGUGCUAGCGCAGCUGCAGCAGGCCCCGCUGCAGGUGCUGCUGCUGGUGGCGGCGCUGUCAGCAGCCUCCCUGGCGCCCAUCAUGCGCGGGUCGCUACCCACGGAGGCGUUCGGGCCGCUCACGCCGCAAGCGGAGCGAGUGAACGGGCGGCUAGCCAUGCUGGGGCUGGUGGGGCUGCUGGCGGUGGAGGUGACCCGUGGGUCGGCCUUGUUGUGAUUGUGAGGGGUGUAGAGGGGUUUGGUCGUUGGGGAGGUGAGUGGUCGCCUUUGUAGUCUAACACAUUGAGUAAUGAGCGUUGUGAGCGGAGUGUGUAGAAUAUGUAUUCCGAGAGGAGUGUUGGUGUGGUAUAGCGUUUGAGAGUGUACCCGGAUGUGCACCUGAGAAGUGGUUUUUUGCAGCGGCAGCGGCAGAGUGGGUAAAAGGUUGUAGUCCUUGCAGAGAAGGAAGCUUCGUCGUACGCGUUUGACUCUCGUGAGUGUUACUUAGCAAGUUCAUCUCAAUUGCCCGAUUCUUCAUAUUCUCUUUCGUCGUACUGCUGUAAAGACUGGAUUAGGUGUUUCAUCACAGACCGCCAUUAACUCGGUGUAUAUGAAGCCUUGAAGUGACUGGGACACUGUGUAUGUCAGCGUCGAAAACCUUGU